UCUCUCUCUCUCUCUCUCUCUAUAGAUUAUCACUUCAGCUCCGUCGUUCAAAUCCAUCGCUUAUUUGUUAUGCUUUUCAACUCACCAAAGGAGUCUUAACAGAUUCUUAGUUCAGCAGCCACUUCUCUCUCUUUCUCUCUCUGGUAAAUUCGAGUAAAUGAGUUGCUGAUUCGUGUUUUCCAACUUUACGUUUCUUGAUUUCCGUGUUCGUAUCGUCUUCAAUGCUUCAAGUUUAAUUAAAUGAGAUUGCUUUGCUCUGAUGCUUCCCUCUAGAAAUGGCUUCUGCCUCUUCAUUGUCAGUAUCCUUAGAAUACGUGAACAUAUGUAAAUUAUCCAAUGGAGAAGAUAGCGGGAGAUAUGACUGUAGCGUGCCGUCUUGUGCGUGGAAAGCUCGUAGAAUCUUGGCAGGGUUUCUUGCAAGCACUGUGCAUCCUCCCCAGUGUUCGUCAUUCUCAUGUGGGCGAAAUGGAAGAAGUAAUCAAUUCAAAACUAAAUGUGAAGUCCUUGAUAUAGGAAGCUGUUAUUCUAUUGAAGCUUUUGGAUCUGCAUUUGUUGGGAGACUCUUUAAACCUGGAAUUCUUCAUUUUGCUGAUCAAAGAUGGCAGUUGUUUUGUUCUUCAUCCAUUUCCUCAGGUGCCUUCAAUGAGGUUUCUCCUGAAUCACUAUGGGAGGAUCUUAAGCCUACUGUUUCAUACCUUUCACCAAAAGAAUUGGAAUUGGUCCAGAAUGCUCUUAAGCUGGCUUUUGAGGCUCAUGAUGGUCAGAAAAGACGCAGCGGGGAGCCAUUCAUCAUUCAUCCAGUAGAAGUUGCGCGCAUUCUAGGAGAACUUGAAUUGGAUUGGGAGUCCAUUGCUGCUGGAUUACUGCAUGACACUGUUGAAGAUACAAAUGUUGUUACUUUUGAAAGAAUUGAGGAGGAAUUUGGUCCCACUGUACGGCACAUUGUAGAAGGGGAGACUAAGGUAUCCAAAUUGGGAAAAUUAAAGCGUAAGAAUGAAAGUGAUUCAGUACAAGAUGUAAAAGCUGAUGACCUACGGCAGAUGUUUCUUGCCAUGACAGAGGAGGUCCGUGUAAUUAUUGUCAAAUUAGCUGACAGGUUACAUAACAUGCGCACUCUUUCGCAUAUGCCUCCACGUAAGCAGUCCAGCAUUGCAAUGGAAACACUUCAGGUCUUUGCUCCUCUUUCAAAACUGCUAGGAAUGUAUCAAAUAAAGUCUGAGCUUGAAAAUCUUUCAUUCAUGUAUACAAAUCCUGAGGCUUAUGCUAAGGUCAAGAUGAGAGUUGCAGACCUCUAUAAAGAACAUGAGAAAGAGCUCAUGGAGGCAAACAAAAUUUUGAAGAAAAAGAUAUUGGAUGAUCAGUUCCUUGACCUUAUGACUGUGAAGACUGAAGUUCGCUCUGCAUGUAAGGAGCCUUACAGUCUUUACAAAGCGGUACUUAAAUCUAAAGGUUCGAUCAGUGAAGUUAACCAAAUUGCACAGCUGCGAAUUAUCAUAAAGCCAAAGCCGUGUAUUGGAGUUGGGCCUCUGUGCAAUCCACAGCAGAUAUGCUACCAUGUCCUUGGCUUAGUCCACGGAAUCUGGACCCCUAUUCCUAGAGCUAUGAAAGACUAUAUUGCAACCCCAAAGCCUAAUGGUUAUCAAAGUCUUCAUACAACUGUAAUUCCAUUUCUGUAUGAAAGCAUGCUUCGACUGGAGGUUCAGAUUAGAACUGAAGAGAUGGAUCUGAUAGCGGAGAGAGGCAUUGCUGCUCAUUAUAGUGGGAGAGUAUUUGUUACAGGUUUAGUUGGACAUGCACUGCCUAAUGGUAGAAGUUCAAGAGGGAAGACAGUGUGUCUUAACAAUGCAAACAUUGCACUCAGGAUUGGCUGGCUCAAUGCAAUUAGAGAAUGGCAAGAGGAAUUUGUUGGCAAUAUGAGCUCCAGAGAAUUUGUAGAUACCAUCACUAGAGAUCUGUUAGGAAGUUGUGUCUUUGUUUUUACACCUAAGGGAGAGAUAAAAAAUUUGCCAAAGGGAGCAACUGUGGUCGACUAUGCUUACAUGAUACACACUGAAAUUGGCAACAAGAUGGUGGCUGCAAAGGUUAAUGGUAAUCUUGUUUCUCCUGUGCAUGUACUUGCCAAUGCAGAAGUCAUCGAGAUAAUCACCUACAAUGCACUUUCUAGCAAAUCAGCUUUUCAGAGGCACAAGCAAUGGCUGCAACAUGCUAAAACACGUAGUGCCAGACACAAAAUUGUGAAAUUCUUAAGGGAGCAAGCUGCACUAUCUGCUGCCGAAAUAACAGCAGAUACAAUAAAUGACUUUAUAGCUGAUUCUGAGGAGGAGAGUGAAGUAGAAGAACUCUCAGAUAAUGCCGAAUGGAAUAGAACCCUGUGGGAGAAAAUGUUUAGGAAAGUUGUGAAGUCAUCUCAAAGGAAAUAUUUUGAAGAUCUGCCCAUGCCUUCUAAAAAUGGAAGUGUUUGGGUCCCCAAGGUAAAUGGGAAACAUAAUAAGCAUUUGCAACAUGUGAAUUUGGAGGCCAAGGAGGAGUUGUUAUCACAGGGAAAUGGUUUUGCCAAAAUGAUGCAGUCAAAUAUUCCAAUGCACAAGGAAGUCUUGCCUGGUUUAGAAAGUUGGCAUGCCAGCAAGGUUGCCUCUUGGCACAGAAUUGAAGGGCACUCAGUCCAGUGGUUUUGUGUGGUAUGCAUAGAUCGAAGAGGCAUAAUGGCUGAGGUUACAACAGCAUUGGCAGCUGUAGGUAUAGCUAUAUGUUCCUGUGUGGCUGAAAUUGAUAGAGGAAGGGGGAUGUCCGUGAUGUUAUUUCAUAUUGAAGGGAACCCUGAUAGUUUGGUAAAGGCCUGCUCAAGUGUGGAUCUGAUUUUCGGUGUUUUGGGAUGGUCUAUGGGUUGCAGCUGGCCAAGCUCAAUGGAAAACCCCCAAUUUCUUGAAUGCUAAUUUAUCAGUUGACCAAAUGAGUUUACCUGGUUGUUGCACGCUUGGGUAAGAAGUUUUGCCCCUCCAGAAAAACAAGUCUGGUGUUCUUACAUUUUGGAUAAUAAGCUCAAUAGUUUCAUCUAUUUGUUGGACAACAAUAACAAAAUAAACCAGCAACAGAAAAUUGAGCCAAUUCUGUCUCUGGAAAUUCAGGUCAUUGUAUAUAGAGAAAAAGGAGUGAUAGUGUAUACACAUGUAAAAAUACUUGUGAAAAGAGAAUGGUGAAACACUUACAAAAGGGUUGUGAGAAACCUUGCCAUAUAGAUAUUCUUUUUU